AUGGCCCUCAGAAAGGCAGUGCUCUCCCUCACCACGUGGAUUUCUUUCACCAAGGACAAGCAUACCCUCCACGACUCGACAGCGGAGCGGAGAACCUGGUCCCGCGAGAUCGAAAAGAAGGACGGACUGCACGCUCAAUACACGUGGAUCCGAGAUCACAAAGCCGAGCUCCAAGAGGGCAAGAACCUUGUCCAACGCGAGAUGCAUAUCAGCGCACAACUCCUACACCUACAGACUCUGGUUGACCAGGAGAGCUCCCCCGACCCUUCCCAUCAAGAGCAGAUACUCCAACACGAGGCCGAGCUCAAACGGAUCAACCAAGAGUGUUUGGAGCACCAAGUACGACUUGCCGAGUUGGAGAGUUAUAAGCCGCCCGGACAAGUAGCUGGCAAUCACCUCGUCCUCACGCAAACCCCGAAGCGUGGAAGGCCGAACGAGAGAGUUGUCAAAGUCAUGGGGGAUGCUGUGCGCGCGAUUGCGGCUGUUGCGAGCGCAACCUGCGAACCGUCCGAGAUCGUGCCGGAGGACUGCGGUAUCUCCAUUGUUCUCGAAGCUGUGUCUGCUGUGCACGGCAUCGAGGAGAGCGUCGGGUUUCGUCAUCCUCUUCUACACGUUCGCGUCACCCCAGUGUUCACCGGCCACUCACUCCCGAUGGGUAUGUGCCUUGAAUGGGAGGAACAGUGCAUUCUUAGCAAUCUGGAUGGAUUUCGACGGGAAUGGGUUCAUUAG